GACUCUUCUCGCGUUUAUACCCCGCCCCGCGUAUCGGAACCAUGAGCGCCGACGGCUACUCCGCGAAGAAGACGAAGAUCAACGAGGACAAGCUCGCGGACUGGCUCCGGGAGCAGGUCACCGGCGACCUCGAGCAGAUCCCCGGCAUCGGCCCGGCGAACGUCAAGCUCCUCGCGGCGACGGACAAGGUCGAGGAGUCGAUCACGACGACCUACCAGCUCAUCGGCAAGUUCCUCUCGCUCAAGGCCGCGGACACGACGUGCGUCGAGCACUGCGACAUGUUCUACUACUGGCUCCAGGCCAAGGGCGUCAACGCGGGCCGGAACAACAUCGUCCUCGCCAUCGCCGAGAAGUGCGAGGUCUUCCUCCCGGGCUGCUACGACGCGAGCCAGUACGAGGACUAGGGCGCCCGCGAGAAAAAAAGCAAAAAAAAAAUGCCGCGCGCGCUUUUCCCUCGCCCCUAGCACGUAAGAAGCUCCACGGUG